CCUGACAUUGACCUCGUUAUCGCUUCAAACCAACCGACUCCUCAAUACCCCAUAGAGUCCACUGUACAGGAUAUAACCAGAGCAACUGUCAAGACCGGAAUCCCCAGUCGAUAUGAAGCUCGUCAAGAAACACGUCGAACGAGACCUCUCGGGCUAUGUCACCCUGUGUCCCGAGGAUGAUGAGGAUAUGUGGCAUGUCUACAACCUGAUCACCGAAGGCGACGAGGUCAGGGCUCCUGCUGUAAGACGAGUCCAGACGACCUCGUCGACCGGGACGUCCGAUUCCUUUCGAGUCCGAUUAAACCUCCAGAUCCAGGUCAAGAAGACCUCGUUUAGCACCUCGGCAGCCCCCUCAUCUUCAUCUUCAGGCAAUAAUGCGACCGGCUCGAGCGCCACUUCACAAGACCCGAGGAAUUCUACGGCGACGUUGCAGAUCAAUGGGACGGUCACGAAUGAGAACGAUUAUGUCAAGUUGGGGGCUUAUCAUACGUUGGAUCUGGAAGCCAAUAGGAACUUUUCCAUUCACAAGCAAGAAGGCGGGUGGGACAGCGUCGCCCUCGAGGUCAUCGAGGACGCUACGAAAGAAGGUCGGGGGGCCGAUGUGGGCGCCGUCGUCUUGGGGGAAGGUUCGGCAGCGGUCUGUCUUUUAUCCGAUCACAUGACGGUGAUCAGACAACGGAUCGAUAUGUCGAUACCCAGAAAACGAGCCGGAGGGAUCUCGGGGCACGACAAGGCCAUGGACAAAUUUUUCGCUGCAGUUUAUGCGGCUGUCCUCCGGCACUUGCCGUUCCAGACCCUCAGGGCUAUCGUGAUCGCUAGUCCAGGGUUCACUCGGGAAGGCAUGUACGACUACAUCUUCCAGCAAGCCACCCUGACGGGGAACAAGCCGCUCCUGCAAUCGCGUACGAAAUGGGUCAAGGUGCAUAGCAAUACGAGCCACGUACACGGUCUCGUCGAUGCGCUACGAGGACCCGAGGUCAAGGGUCUGUUGGAGGGGACCAAGUUUGCGAAGGAAGGGGUGAUGUUGGAAAAGUUCCACAAGAUGUUGGGGUCGGACGAGUUGCGGGCUUGGUACGGACCGGAUCAUGUGGCUCUCGCUGUCGACAGGGGUGCAGUGGGGACACUCUUGAUCUCGGACGAGCUGUUCAGGUCGACCGACUCGGCGAAGCGAAGACGAUACGUCGAGAUGGUGGAAGCGGUCCGAGCUCGUGGAGGCGAGUCGCUCAUCUUUUCAAGCAUGCACGAAUCUGGUCAACAACUCAACCUGCUCACCGGCGUGGCAGCGAUCUUGACCUACCCCUUGGACGUCGAGGUGGUCGAGAUGGAGGAACGGGAGGAAGAAGAACGGUUGAAGCUGGAAAAAGAGGCGGAAACGGCGGCGCAAGCGGCUCAGUGAUCGAUGUUUCGCUAUGGGACAUGUCGCAUUGCAUAAUUCACGGUGUAUACCGGCCGUCGACUUUGAAGCUACAAACGGGGAUACAUCCUAUCAGCGAGCUAGCUGAUCGCCUUGUUCGAUCCUUUCGCUUCAAAGGUUAGGAUCGUAUGACAUUCUCGGCGGCCCGGAAGAUCAGAUAGGCAAACAUACAGACAGAUCGGUGGAAUCUAUCGUCGAUCUGCAGAUGACUCAAGGUGCGAUCCGGUCGAGAUCCUGGCAGCUAGCCGGAUCGCAAGUACCACAGCAUCACGCAACCUAUUGAUUCGCUCGCGAUAGAGACCUGUCCCGAUUCAUGAUUGAUUGCGUUCCUUCCGGUCAAAAUCCUGUAUCUUGCCAUCUUCGUCGGUUCGACCAUCGGAAGCCGGUGAUAGGGCUUAUCACAGGUCAAUGCGCUGGGAGCACUAGCUUCAGAAUAGACCCACAAAUGUAG